AUGCUCAACUGUUGGAAUGUUCCUGUUCUCGAUUCCGGCAAGAAACCACCGGAGUUUGCCGUUGGCGAACCUCCCCCCUCCCCUUUUCCACCCGAUCCGCCUGACCCCUCUUCCCUUCUCUCCCCUGUAAACUUUCCUCCCUUAUCUUCUCAGCCAUCAACUGCUCCUAAGCGUUCUCAACGUAAAGGUCCUGUCUCCUCUCCUGCCUCAGCUGUAAAUCCUACUCUGAGUGCUUCAACUACCAUGAAAGAGUCUGGUUCUGUCUCUUUCAAUGGAUCUGUAGACCCUCUAAUGUCUGCAAAAACUGGUUUUCCCCAAAGAUCUGAAACCUUACCUGAAACCCUAACUGAAACAGUAAAACCCUCCCCUGUUCAUGUACCCUCUACUGCCUCCCUUAUUCAUACUGAUAUCCAAACUAGCCCAAAUACUGAUCCACCAUUCACUACUCUACCACCAAAACACACCUCCCCUAUCUCCACAAAUCAAGCCUCCUCCUCCUCUCCUGCAAUUCUCCAAACUCCUUCCCUUCCCCCCUCUAGGCCCUUUCAGGUACCUCAGCGUAGUGCUGCUCCUUCCCUGGUAGAGAAACUUAGAGCUGCAGAAGAUAAGUCACUUAAGAGGCUUGCACCUGUCUCUUUUUCUCCAACAGGUCGACCUCGGGUGAUUAUCCCUGAUUCUGUAUUUGAAAAAGGAGCUGAACUCCACAAAGAUUUUAUCAUUUGUUAUUAUAAUGGUAAAGCUCCACCUUUUAACCAAAUACAGAGUGUCUUCAACCACCUGUGGGGCAAAGGAAAAAGGCUUGAGAUUCACAAUAACCCACUCAACCGAACUACCAUAGUCAGGAUCCAAAGCGAGUACCUGAGGCAAAAGAUUCUUGAGAAAUGUGUUUGGUAUGUGGGUGACACCAUGUUUCAUACUGCUCAAUGGUCAUCAGUUCAAUCUCUCACUGCUCCUCCAAUUAAAGCCAUAAGGAUAUGGGCGCACCUAACAGGCGUACCCCUCGAUCUCAGGCAUCUAGAAGGUCUGAGUUGGGUCGCUGGACUUGUUUGUGAUCCAAAAGAAACCGAUGACUUCACCAAAAACAUGGUCAGCUUAACACUCUCCCAUGUGAAGGUGGAAGUUGAUCUAACUCAACCCCUGCCAUCUGUAGUGAAAUUCCAACGGCAAAGUGGCGAGGUAGUGGAAGUUGCAGUGAAUUAUCCCUGA